AUGUCUGGAGACCACUUCUACUGUCUUGAUUUCCGUGGCGAGAUCGCUCCCGCGAAUGGCUACGAACGAGAGGGAAUAACCGGCUACGUCUAUGCCGCCCAACAACCAGGAACAGUCCCUAUCUUUCGCUGUUACAACCCAGCUAAUGGCGAUCACUUCUGCACCGCAGACCCAAGCGGCGAGCUCGCCCCUCGAAGCUACACCUAUGAAAGAAUAGGAUGGUACAUUUUCAAAGAUAGAAACACGCAGCUGGCGAACCCGCCCCAUAAAAGUGGAUACCGUUCCGAGGGCAUAACCUGGUAUCUGCAUCCAACUGCUUCCCCCGCAACCGUCCCCCUCUACGGCUGGUAUAACUCAGGCCUCUUCAAGAAUUUCACCUUCACUGGCAUUGACCCCACGCAAAAGUCCACUCUCUUCGAGCGCCACAGUUGGGCCUACCACCGCGCCGGCAUCUGCGGGAAUCUCUCCCAAGCCGAAAAGGACCGCGUGCGCCAGGCAUACCGCAAACCCAUCGCCCACAGCGUGUCGACAGACCCCAACGCCGACGCGAGCGCACACGUCAACGGGCAGAGCAUUGCAGGCAAUUUCACAAACCUGUUCCUGCUUGGGGACGACGAGAUUGCUCAGAUGUUGCUGCACGAGAUGAUGCAUUGUGCUGGAUACACUCAACCCGAGGCGAAUUGA